UGAUUCUACAGACAGGACUGAUUCGUUGGAAAUUCGUCUUUUGGUCGCUUUAGUUUCAUAAAUUCAACACUCAAUAAUUAUAAUCGGCUACCAUGCGGUGUUUAUUAUGUAAUGAAUCAUAGAACGGGUUUGCCAUUCUUCGAAAACCAGCAAAUAAACACAGUUGUCUCUACUCACGUAGGCCGUGAAGCAUAGCAUAGUGAGUGCGCAAUUACAGCAGCUGUUGUACGAGGAAUGAACCGAAUAAAGCAGAUUGGCUUAUGAUUUGUGUGUGAAUUCAAAGCAAAACUUCUGAAACAUUUUGACGAUGAUUACAAUGACAAUGUAGGAGCCUUCGACGACUUGCGGAGGCAAAUUUUGGCUGUGGGAGUGACGGAACAGUGUCACGAGUUUGAGGAAGAAAAGAAGAAACGAUGAAGUGGUGUGAACUGUGGAAGCAGCAAGGAAGGUGGAAGAUCUAGUGGUGCCCAGCAUUAUUACCGCACAUAUCGACAUCAACAAAAUAGUAGUAUAGCAGCUAUAGCAAAGCAUUGUGAAAGGGUGCAAUAAAAGAGAGGAUACGGACAUUGGCAUAUCAGCCAAUAACCCUCAAAUAGUGGAGUAGUGUGUAUAGUUCCCAUUGAUUUGAUAUGAUUGUACUAACCUAGAAGAAAACAGUGCGCACUAGUAGGAGUACAGCGAAAGGUGUGAUAUAACACUUCUCGUGCGGGAACGUGUGAAGGAAGCCGAAACGAAAAGAAAAACCUGGAGUGGCCUUGGAAUUAGAUAACCGAAAUCGGUGAGACUGCAACGCAGAUUCAUUUUCCUUCCGCCGUUGUAGGAGCUAGGAAACCAUGGAUCGCGACAAGAAUGACAAGUCUUCCAACACGGGCAUUGCUGGUGGAUUCGCUGGCUGCAUAACUCGCUUCAUUUGUCAGCCGUUGGACGUGCUGAAGAUUCGGUUCCAACUGCAGGUUGAACCACUCAGUGAGGAUCACAUGACAUCAAAGUAUCGUACCAUUGUGCAAUCCACUCGCCUAGUGUACCAGGAGGAGGGUCUCCGUGCUUUCUGGAAGGGACACAACCCGGCCCAAGUACUUUCGAUUAUCUACGGAGUGUCGCAGUUUUCUUCCUAUGAGCACACGAACCUUUUCCUCAGGCAAUUCGAAGCGUUCGAGCGGCAUCAGAAUGCAAGGAACUUCUUUUGUGGUGCCCUUAGUGGAACGGUGGCAACUGUGAUAACCCUUCCGUUGGAUGUGGUCCGAACACGACUGAUAUCCCAGGAUCCUAAUCGAGGAUAUAAAAAUUCCAUGCAAGGCUUGAAGCUAAUCUAUAGGCACGAAGGUAUUAAGGGGAUGUACCGAGGGUUGAGCCCCAGUGUUUUGCAGAUAGCGCCUUUGACCGGCGGCCAGUUUAUGUUCUACAACAUCUUCGGUAGCAUGUUCCGCCAGUAUUUCAACAUUGCCCCAACCGAAACACUGCCGGCUUUUGAGUUGUUCAUCUGUGGUGGUCUGGCCGGAAUUUGCACCAAACUGCUGGUCUAUCCACUGGACCUGGCCAAAAAACGAUUACAGAUACAAGGAUUUGCCAAAAGCCGUCAAACAUUCGGUCGGCACUUUGUGUGCGACAACAUGUUCAAUUGUAUGUACAACAUCGUGAAACAGGAGGGUUUUGCCGGCCUGUACAAGGGUCUAUACCCAGCAUUGCUGAAAGCGUGUUUUAUGUCGGCGUUCUACUUUGCGAUCUACGACGAGAUGGUGUGGAUACUGAAUCACUGAUAGAUACUCAAACGGCGCCGCUCGCCAACCAGGUACCUUCACGGCAUCGGAAGUGACUAAUAUGCUGCUGUGCACAAAGAUAUUCCUAUUUUGUAUGCAGUGAGGACACGACAAGUGAGCACACACCGCGACUUAUACAUAAGUAUGCUGUACUGCUUAACCGCUUUCUGGACCCCGUCAAAGCAAAGGUAUAACGCAAUGGCUUGUAAAGCUAGCAGUGUACUAAUUAGGAUAAAAGCCAGAAAUGAAAACGGGAUUAGCACUAGACACAUACCAGGUAGCUUCGAUGUGGUCAAUUAACUGUUCGUUACUUUAACUGUAAUGUUACAUAAUAGUUAGGUAGUUAGCCAGUGUUUUGUACGGAAGAAAUUUUGUCUGAGUUACGCAAGUAGAGAACUAAAAUGUUGUGAAUAUUAUUAGGACUAAAAGUAGUAUAGCUUUCGAAGUCGUUUCUUGAAAAUUGCUUUGUAGGGUUUAAGACCGUAGAAAUCCGAAAAUAGCAUUGUAACCAGAUAGCUAACUUCUUAGGAACCACACAAACCAAAUGACUCGAGUUUCUUCGACUGUAAGCGGGAAAGCGGUCAAUUACGAGUAUUUAUUCUCAGUUCUGCUUUGAUGAACGAAGCUUUUUGUUUAUUUAUAUCGAUUUUCUGAAUAUUAUUUAUUUGUACUUAUUACGACCUUUUGCAGGAAAAGAGAUCUGACCAGUCGAAAUGGACCGUUCUAGAGUUGACGCCGUUAGUAGAGUAGAGCUAGUAGAAAGUGGUACCGUUUAUUUUUGAUCGCUGACAUACAAUGUAUUAUUAAUCAACCAGACUUCCAUUACUGCGAUAAGUGAACGAAAAUAGUCAUUAUAUACAGGUUAAAAAAGAGGAAGAAGCAAACGAAUGGUCUCUAUUCAGCUCAAAGUGAUGUAUGUAUGUGUGUGCGUUCCGCGAAUGAAACCGAAGUGUUUAGGUUGAACCGAAUUAAGCGACGAAACUAAACAAAAAAGAAAAGUGUAACCAGGAUAAGCUUAACAGCUGAACAGUGUACACAUUUAUAUCCUAUUGUAUUGACAAUAAGGGAAAACAUAAAUAAAACGAAAGAACUUGAA